AUGGCUUCUAACUGUUCUCCCAUGUGCUGCUCUUCUGAGUCGGGUACCAGGACUUCUGAUUGUACACUUGCUUCAACCUGUUCUGUGGAAAACACUUGUCUCCCCAACAGCUGUUCUACAUCCAGAUGCCAGACCCCCAGCUUCCUAUCCAGGACUUGCGUGCCAAUGGGGUGCCUUGUGCCAUACUGCUUACCUGGGAGUUGUAAUGUUCCCUGCUUUGUGGGGAAAUGUGCCUGGUGUGAGGAUGGCGUGUUCAACAGCAACGAGAAGGAGAUGAUGCAGUUCCUGAAUGACAGACUUGCCAACUAUCUGGAGAAGGUGCACGGGCUGGAGGAGAUGAAUGCAGAGUUGCAAGGCAGGAUCCAAGAACAGUGUGAAGAGGAUGUCCCAUUGGUGUGCCCUGACUAUCAGUGUUAUUUCGACACCAUUGAAGAUCUCCAACAAAAGAUCUUGUGUACGAAGGCAGAGAAUUCCAGACUUGCUGUACAGCUUGACAACUGCAAACUGGCUGCUGAUGACUCUAGGUCAAAGUACGAGUCUGAAUUGUCUCUUCGCCAGCUGGCAGAGAAUGACAAUCGUGGCCUGCGUGGGAUCCUGGGCGAGCUGACCCUGCGCAAAUCUGAUCUGGAGGCCCAUGUAGAGUCUCUGAAGGACGAUCUCCUUUGCCUUAAGAAAAACCAUGAAGAGGAGGUCACCAUGCUUCAUUGACAGCUGGGUGACCGACUCAGUGUGGAGCUAGACACUGCCCCCACCAUGGACCUCAACAGGGUCCUGGAUGAGAUGUGUUGUCAGUAUGAAAGUUUGCUCGCCAAUAACAGAGAUGUGGAAGAAUGGUUCACUGUUCAGACGGAGGAACUGAAUCAGCAGCAGCUGUCCAGAGCAGAGCAGCUGCAGGGCUGCCAGACAGAGAUCUUGGAACUGAAACAUACAGCCAAUGCUCUGGAAAUAGAGCUCCAAGCACAGCUAAGCCUGACAGAAUCUCUGGAAUGCACUGUGGCAGAAACCGAGGCCCAGUACAGCUCCCAGCUGGCCCAGAUGCAGUGCCUGAUUGGUAAUGUGGAGAACCAGCUGGCCAAGAUCCGCUGCGACCUGGAGCGGCAGAACCAGGAGUAUGAGGUGCUGCUGGACACCAAGGCCCGGCUGGAGUGUGACAUCAACACGUACCAAGGGCUGCUGGAGAGCGAGGACUGCAGGCUUCCCUGUACCCCAUGUUCUGCAACAAGCACAUCAAGCAACACUUGUGAACCAUGCUCAGCAUACAUGAUUUGCACAAUGGAAAACUACUGUACGUGA